AUGGCAGAGGACAACAAGGAAGAUGCAAAUGAGUUGACAAUCGCAGGUCAAUAUGAAUUCAACCUCAACAAUGUCAUGGUUGACAACUUCCUUGAAGCCUCCAGAGCUGAGCACAAUUCUUACCGUCAUGAAAUGCUCAACGUCAGCGCCAAGAUGAACAAAGCACUGAUUGAGAUUGGCUACAUGGACAAGGAAGCAGCAGCGCAACAUUUGGAAGCAGAAGAACUCACCCACGAGCACAUCUGUGACAAGGCCGAGGACGCUUACCGUACACUCUUUGACAAGCAUCAAUGGCCUGCUGCAAGACCCACCAUCCGAGAUUCCAAGACUCCGUAUGCCAAGAUGGCCAAGACAUUCACCCCCGAUGACGUCCAGAACCACGCUUACGCUCUGAUCCACCAACAGACCGGUUCAAAGGGCAAGGCCAAACCCGACGACAUCUGCUUGAACUGUGGAGAGAAAGGACACUGGGCUCGCGACUGCAAAAGUGACAAGAAGCCCAAGCGACCUUUCAACAACAACAAGAAGAGUAAGCAUCAAAAGGAUAAGCACGGUUCCAGCUGGAAGACUACUCCACCUGCUCUUGGUGCACCUGAGACCAAGAAAGUCCGCGGAAAGGAUUUUAACUGGUGUGCUCAUUGUGGACGUUGGUCAACCACCCAUGCCCGUUCCAUUGGAGUCACUACACCAACUGUUUCAGCUUUCAUUGCCGAUCAAGUCUCAACAGCAUCCUCUUUCUUGGCCGAUCAAGUUUCCUUCAUGAUGAGUCAAGCUACCGCCGCCUCCGCCUACCUAUUCACUGCCGCUUCCACUGUCAUUGCUGCCUUUGAAGGAUCCCCUACCAACCGCCUUGCUCCGCUCCUAUGGUUCACCCUCCUGAUCCUCGUGUCCCUUCCUACCAAAGUACAACAUCGACUCAUUGGGUCCCCGCCUCAAGAAUUUCGCCCGUUCCGGAUGACCAAAGCCAAGUACAAACGUUACAUUCGACAUUGUCGUCGUCAGCGCCGUCCCACUUCAUUCAGUCAUCGCCGUCGCACCCGUCAUUAUGGUCUCGCCACCCGCCGUCGCCUCGACCCACAAUCUCAAGAUAUCUUUGACUUGGUCCAACAUAUCAUUCAGUUUUCGGAGUGUCUCACGUUUUGUCGUUCCCGUCGAGAGGGAGAUAAUUGGAGAAGCAACAGACGAUAUCAGAGAAAUCACAAUGAUCACAACGAUUGGCAGAGAACAAACGACGGUUGGAGAAACAUGAACGACAACGAACCUAGUACCCCUCAUCCUACCACUUCCCGUGAAACACCCCAUGAUGAACAUCAGCGUCGGCGUCCUGGCGAUCCAAACUGGACCUUCUACCAAGGUCCCCGCCAGCGAGGUGAAGAUGAUGCCUUCCGUUUUGAUCCUCCCAGACCUCGAUCGUGUCGCCACGACUCUUCCAGACAUCGUUUCAAUCGCCAUAACCCUUCCUCGAAUCCAAGUGACGACAUCUUCCGCCAUUUCAACACAUUUCCAAGAACGGAUCGGAUGCGCAGACAAAGGAUGACACGUCGACGUCAACCAAGCAUGCCACGAAUCUACAGACCUACCGUUGGCGUCGGACUCCCAAUGGCUCAUGUUGCCGUCCUAUCUUCUCCCACGGCCAAAGCCUUCUUCAGGAACGCCGAUAUUCCACAACAAUUCAGCAAGGUCAUCAACUGCUUCCGUGCUGCAAUGAAUCCAGAUGAACUGAAAUCAGAUAUGUCAGGUGAUGAAAAGACGGCAAGGUACCCGAUAAUCUGGGAUUCCGGUGCAACAACUUCGAUCUCACCUUACAAGGACGAUUUUGUGGGAAAGCUUGAGCCAGCACCUCUUGGACUCAAGCUUUGUGGAAUCGCUAGCGGCCUGGAAAUCAAAGGGGUUGGACAUGUUGCAUGCAUCAUCACGUCCACCUUGGAGUCAAACCACAACCUUAGUCCCGCCGAGAAAGAACUCCUAAGAUGGCACCAUCGGCUAGGCCAUCUCAACUUCAGUCAGAUCCAAUUUCUACUCCGCACAGGUGUAUUGGCGCAUUCAGAGUCCGCUCGACGAUUGCAAGCCGCAGCAUCUCGGAUCACAACAUACCCACUUUGCCCAGCUUGCCAAUUUGGAAAACAACGUCGUCGACCCUCUCCCGGGAAGACUUCUCGAGUCGUUCGUGAUCGAGAGGGAGUUUUGAAGAAUGAGAACCUGUUCCCAGGACAAAAGGUGUCAGUUGAUCAUUUUGAGUGUACCACAAGAGGACGAUUGCUUCAUACCUUUGGCAAAGAAGAUCCCAAGACACAGUACACCGGAGGAUGCAUCUUCGUUGACCAUGCAACAGGUUACGUCUUUGUCGAGCACCAAGUUCAUCUGAACACACAAGAGACACUGAGUGCAAAGAUAUCUGUGGAAGAACAACUUCAAGAUUUUGGAGUAGUUGUACUCGAAUAUCUAAGUGACAAUGGAAGGCCCUUCACAUCGCAAGAAUACAAUGAUCACUUACUCAAGUUCUCACAAAUUCACUCAUUUGCUGGCGUCGGAGCUCAUCAUCACAAUGGAAUUGCCGAACGAUCAAUCCAAACCAUCAUGUCCAUCGCUCAAACCAUGAUGAUGCAUCAAGCCAUCCAUUGGCCUGAUGUCACAACCACCACACUCUGGCCCCUCGCAGUGGAUCAUGCCGUCUUCCUCUACAACCACAUGCCCAACCAAUCAUCUGGUCUCUCACCACACGAUCUGCUUACCAAAACCCGUUGGAAACAAUCACAGCUUGCCGAUGUUCAAGUUUGGGGAUGCCCAGUGUAUGUCUUGGACAAACAGAUGCAAGAUGGAAAGAAACUUCCUCGGUGGAAGCCUCGAUCCACCCGCCAGAUCUACGUUGGAAUGAGCAAGAGACAUGCAUCGUCAGUUCCACUUUGUUUGAAUCCCGACACAGGAGCCAUCACCACACAAUUUCAUAUUGUAUUCGAUCCUACCUUCUCGACUGUGGCAACAAAUGUUGACAACCUACCUGAUUUUGGUUCGGAAGCCUGGUCGAAACUCUUUGGAGACUCCGUCUACCAAUAUGUUCUGGAUGAUCCCGAGGACCCAUUGCAUCCACCUGAUCCCACCGACGAUCCUCCUCCACCUUUAACUGCAAGAGUCCGAGAACAAACAGAAGUUCACACCCCGCCCACUCCAUUGGACGUUGUUCCGCCACCAACCAAGCCCCAAUCCGAUUUCUCUGGAGCCACCAUACCUUCAAUCCAGAAGGAGACAGUCAUCAAGAAUCCGCCAGCUGUUCCUCCCGUUCAGCCGCCUCCUUCUCAGAGGGAGAAUGUGACCCCUACUCCUACAAAUCCGCCACAGCCAACGCCGCCACCGGCUCGCAAACCGCAACCCACACCAACAUCCAAAACUGCACCCUUGCCAUCAGCCACACGCACAUCUCGCCGAUCCAACAAAGCUCAACCUCCAAAACGCUUUGGAUACGAUGGACAUGGACCCGCAGGAUACAACGCACCUCUAGAAUCGCAAAGUCCAGAAACCAACAACUUCUACACUUACUUUUUGGCUUACUUCAACUCUUCGAACAUUGAAGUGGAACACUCUCACGACUGCAGCUUCGUUCCAAGCUCGUACAAGGCAAGAGCCACCAAGGACCCAGACGUCUUCACUUACAACGAAGCGGUCAACGGUCCCAACAGCGAAAAAUGGACUGCAGCCGCAAAGAAAGAAAUCGAAGAACUUGAAGGAAAGCUCACCUGGAUUGAAGUCCCAAUGUCAAAAGCGAAGACCAAGAUCAUUCCUGGAACUUGGGUCUUUCGUGUCAAGAGAAAUCCAAGCGGAGAAAUGACCAAAUUCAAGGCAAGAUACUGUGUGAGAGGAGACCUGGAAGAAAUGGAUGUUGACAAAAACACGUUUGCACCUACCGUUGCAUGGAGUACUGUCCGCUUGUUUCUUGUCCUUUGCUUGAUCCUUGGAUGGGCCACCGUCUCGGUUGACUUCAGCAAUGCAUUUGUGCAAUCCAAACUGGACAAACCAAAAUGGGUACACUUACCUCGAGGAUUCGUCUCUCCAAAGGGCAAAGGAACAUGCCUUCAACUCAACAAGUCACUAUAUGGGACCAAAGCUGCUCCCGCGCUAUGGAAUAAGACCGCCGUGGAAGGAUUCACCAAGUGUGGAUUCAAACAAUCCGAUUUUGACCCAUGUCUUCUUUACAAGAAAGGCAUGAUGGUGGUUCUGUAUGUCGAUGAUGCUGGAAUCGGUGCCAAAGAUCCAGCAGACAUUGACAAGCUCAUUGAGGAACUCAGAGAACUCCAAUUUGAACUAAAGAAAGAAGGCGAUUUCAAUGAGUUUCUUGGCAUAAAAUUUGACAAACGCAAAGCCGGUUCAGUUGAACUCACCCAGACUGGUUUGAUUGACAAAGUUUGGGAAGCAGCCAGAAUGACUGACUGCAAUCCCAAUCAAAUCCCCGCUACUGGUCCCCUUGGCAAAGAUCCUGAUGGUGAACCUAUGAAUGAAGAAUGGAACUAUCGAUCAAUUGUCGGAAUGUUAAUGUACCUCUUGACAAACACACGACCAGACAUUACCUUUGCUGUCAGCCAAGUGGCACGAUUCUCCUCUGAACCAAAACAAUCUCAUGCAACCGCUGUGAAAACAAUUCUUCGUUACCUGAAACGCACUCGCACAAAAGGCAUGAUCAUCAAACCUACCGGAAAACUGAACCUUGAUUUGUUUGUCGAUGCCGACUUCUGCGGACUCUACAACACCGAACCUCACACUGAUCCAAACUCCGUUCGAUCACGCACCGGGUUUAUUGUCAAGUUGAGCAAUUGUCCACUGAUUUGGCGCUCCCAGCUACAAACAUCCAUCACUUGCUCCACGCUCGAGGCCAAAUACAAUGCUCUCUCUUCUGCUCUAAAGACCUUAAUUCCAUUGAAGCGUCUUCUCAUUGAAGCCACCGACCACGUUGAACUCGACAACGGCAUCCGCACCACCAUUCGGGCCUCAGCUUUUGAAGACAACCAAGGAGCAUAUUUUCUGGCCACCAAUCAAAGAAUCACAUCUCGCACCCGCUGGUAUCUCAACAAGUGGCACUGGUUCUGGCAACACGUCAAGGACGGUGUUGGCCCAGAAACUGUUGCCAUCCACGAGCUGGACACAUCGCUCCAAGAUGCUGAUUACUUCACAAAGGCACAGUCUUGUGAACCUUUUGAGAGCAAUCGCUUUCAAGUGCAAGGGUGGUAA